GCUCGCGCAAGGAAGAAAAAGGAGAGAGAAGAAAGAAAAGAAAGAAGAAGAAGAAGAAGAAAGGAAAGGAGGCCUUGUGCGUUCGUGCCAUGAGAUCUCGCCAAGUUGACUUGACUACGUAUAGCAACAUCUAGUAAGCAUUCAUGCCUCUUGUUCAUCUGAUUGGAGUAGUUUUCUGGUUUAGGGCCGCGAAGUUCGAUUUUUGAGUUAUGGAGCUUUAGGCUUUCUUGGAAAUGAGGGUUUAUGGCGUGGUAGAACCGUGGGUUUUGACAGGGGUCGUUUUGGCACAACGAUUUUGUUGAAGCAAAAUUUUAGGAUUUUGCCAGCUAGUUUUAAGUUGAGUUUAAGUUUGAGUAAUCGCUUUGACCGAGUGAUUUGCUAAUGCAUAGGAGUUGCUUUGGUAGCAUAAAGGAUUAGUUUAUUUGUUUCGUAGUUGAGGUGGAGUUCUAUUUUUUUAACAUUAUUUCUCAAUUAUUUGAUAGCGCUACGAGUGCAUACCGUUUAUUAUUUUGAUCAUAAGUGACGGGACAAGUGGUACUGUAUCUUCUUUGGUUUUGUAAAACCCAUGCCUUGAAGUGUGUGUGUGUGUACACACAUAUACAUAUAUUGAAUUGAGAAGAGCAUAUUUAUUGUAUAAAGUUGGAUCGAGUAUUCACUACCUCUUGAUUAUUUGAGAAUGGUUUGAGAAAUAUAUUGUGAAAUAUGUCAUAACAGUUUACGAAUAUGUAAUUGCUUUGCGACCGAUUUAUGGAAAGUUCUAUGAAUGAUUUGAGAAAUGGAUGAGAAAUAGUGGAUAAUUAUAUUAUUGAAAGUUAUUUGCUUGACUUAUGAGAUUGAUUUUUAGAUUGGAUUUUGGUAUUGAAUGAUGGUUGUUUAUGCUUGUUAUUACUGUGAGCCCACUAAGGGGCACAUACCGAGUUUGGGGUAUAAUUCUAGGUUGAGCCACAGGCUUUAUAAGUGGAGACUUUUCUAAGGGGGAAUUUUGGUCAUCCUGUGACAAGGUAAUGUGUCAUAACAAUAGUUUGAUAUUAAGUAAAAGAUUGGAUGAUGGAUGGACCAUAGAUAUGUAGUUUCAUUUGAGAUGAAUUAAUGGAGUAAACCAUUGAUGUAUGACAUAAUAUUAACCAAUGGAAUAGACCAUUGACAUAUUUAUUGAUGAGAUUGAUUAAUGAAAUGGAUCAUUGAUAUUUGUUAUAAUAUUAUUGAUUUAAUAAGUGUUUUCAGAUAUGUAUAUGGCUAUGUUAAAGCGAUAUAACUCAUUUAUAUGUUAUAUGUGUAUUAUAUACUGAAAUUGAGAUAAACAAGUUUUAAAAUUAUUUUGUUAAGUGCAUAGUGAUUACUUGAUCUGCUUCGAAGACAUAACUACUCAUGGUUGCUCGUCUUACUUUUUUCAAAUCUUCCUAGAUUCCUCAGUUAGUGGACAAUAGAGCAUGAGUAAUUUUGUUGGGAGACUUUUGGGAGUGAACUUUGGAUAGGGUUUGAGGUGCAUCUUUCCGGUAGAAGGAUGGCCAUGUCACCCGCAUCCAUGUAGGAUUCGGGGUGUGACAAGAUGACCAUGGAUACUCAUCGCACCAGUUGUGGCAAUGUCGAUGAUCUUCCAAUAGACAGCCAUGCCUUUUCACCUAAUCCAGAUCAGCACCCGCGUCUAGCAAAUGAUUUCCUUUUGGAUGACCCUUUUCUAGAGCUUAAAUCCUCGGAUAUUGCUUUUGUUUCGAAGAAAGUAGUGAAACCAGUCGACCUCGAUAAAGGAGAUUUAAUCCUUCCCUCGACAAUCAUGAGCCUAGAUGGAGGCUCAUUUGGUCCAUCUAGGAGCUUGAGAAAGGGCCAGAGUCCAGAGAGAGAUUCUCUCCCCCCCCCCUCGGGGGACAGUGACUCAUUGGAUCCCGUUCUAAAGUACAUAACUCAAAAUACUGAAAAAUCACUGUACGAUGCCCUUGUCCAGCAGAAUUUGCAACAGUCUGAUCAGAGCUCCUCACAGGUUGAUUUAAGCCAAUAUAUCGAGGGCCCAAAUAGUAACCUUUCUGGAAGUAGCAGUGCUCCCAGAAGCCACGAUGCAACAAACGUUACUCUUAGCUCUAAUGACUUGGCCGAUGCUGAUAUUCUGUACACAAUCAGAGAACAUAGCCAUGCUGUGCUGAAAAAUCCUGACCAAGACUUCCAGUCGAGCAACAUCACCAAUUAUGACGAUAGGUCCGAGGAAUCUUUGCAUGGGCUUCUUUUCAAGAGCAUUUUCAGCCAUGGAGAGUCUAUGAUUCAGUUCAAAAAAGGAUUAGAGGAGGCCAGCAAAUUCCUUCCCACUGACAAUCGAUUAGCAAUUAAUACAGAGGACAGCAAACCGUCCUCUGAAAAAAAGAAAGGAACCACAAGAACGCACGAGAAUAAGGAGAUCAACAUGAAGAGCUCAUCUAAUGGAUUCAAUGGAUUAAAGAAUCACGAGAGGGACGAGAAUGCUUUUGAGGAAGGCAGGGCCAAUAAGCAAACAGCCUUGUACACAGAAGAGAGCGAGCUUUCAGAUUUGUUUGAUAAGGUGUUGCUCGGCACCGAAAAUGGUGUUGGCAUGUCUUCUGGCAACGAAGCUGCAGAGACAGGUGUGAGGAAAGACAUACAGCCACAAAGGAACAAGCACGGUUCCAAUAGUGGUAGUGGUUGUGGGAAGAAGCAGGGAAGCAAGAAUACUGUUGACUUGAGAACUCUUCUGAUUCUCUGCGCACAAGCUAUUUCUAAUAAUGAUUUCAGGACUGCUAAUGAAUUGUUGAAGCAGAUUAGAGAAAACUCUUCUCCAUUUGGGGAUGCCUCUCAAAGAUUGGCCCAUUACUUUGCAAAUGGGCUAGAGGCACGAUUGAUGGGCAACAACGUCCGAGGGGAAGUCUUUUAUUCUACUGUUGUUGCCAGGAGGACGUCAGCAGCUGAUAUCUUGAAAUCUUACCAUCUUCACAUUUCAACAUGCCCGUUUAAUCAGUUCUCCAUGUUCUUUGCAAAUUACAUGAUUUUGAAAUUUGCAGAGAAAGCCACUACUCUUCACAUAAUAGAUUUUGGCAUUGCAUUUGGUUUUCAAUGGCCAAACCUCAUACAGAAGCUCUCUUCCAGACCAGGAGGGCCCUGUAAAUUGCGCAUCACAGGGAUAGAGCUUCCACAGGCUGGUUUGCGCCCGGUGGAAAGAAUAGAGGAGACAGGUCGCCGUUUGAAAAAGUAUUGUGAGCGCUUUGACGUCCCUUUCGAAUUUAAUUUCAUAGCAUCAAGGAAUUGGGAAUUCAUCAAACUUGCGGAUCUCAAGAUUCAAAGCAAUGAGACAGUUGCUGUGAAUUGUCUGGAUCGGUUUAAGAAUCUCGAUGACACAGUUGAGGACAACAAUCCACGUGACGCUGUGUUAUAUCUAAUUAGGAAAAUUAUACCGGAUAUUUUUGUUCAUGCUGUACGUAGCGGCUCCUACAAUGCGGCCUUUUUUGAGACAAGAUUCCGAGAGGCACUUUUCGAAUUUUCUGCUGUGUAUGAUUUGCUUGAUGCUACCAUUGAUCACAACAACAAAGAGAGGUUGGUCAUUGAGAGAGAGUUCCAUGGACGGGAAAUUAUGAAUGUCAUAGCAUGUGAAGGUUCGCGAAGGAUUGAGAAGCCGGAAACGUACAAGCAAUGGCAGGUUCGUCAUGUGAGGGCUGGGUUUAAGGCGCUUCCUCUGGACCAAGAUUUCAUGAAGCUAUUCAGGGGUAAGAUGAAAGCAUGGUACCACAAGGAUUUUGUGCUUGAUGAAGAUGGCAACUGGAUGCUGCAAUGUUGGAGAGGUCGGAUUUCUUUUGGCUCCUCCUGUUGGGUGCCUACUUAGGAUGCUCCAAAAAGAACGUUUUCUGUCAUGGACCUGUAUAUUACUGGGAUUCUUCCUCGGUCGACAGGUCAAGGAUUCGUAUUAGAGUAGCUCAGCAUUUACUUAUUUUCGGCUCCUCUAUUUGUUGAUGUAUCUUUUACUUGCAAACAAUUUUGAAUCUGAAACGUUUUUUGACCGUUAUCUAAUUCUCGAGAU